GGUCGAUGAGAGCGAGAGAGAGAGAGGGAGGGCGGCGUGAGUCACAAGAGGAGGAAGAGCAAAGCAGAAGAGCACAGGACGAGCAUAGACGGACGUAGAGACUUUAAUUUAAGGAGCAUGUGGGCCAACCAGACGUGGGCGACGAGUGGCCCGCCUCAGGGCACCAUGAGUCUCCUGGAACAGCAGGCACAGCAGUAUGCAGCCCUGCAGCAGCAUCAGCAGUCAUCAGCAGCAACACAGCCGCAGCACCACCACCAGCAAGGCCAGCAGGGGCAGCAACAGUGGCAGCAGGGGCACAGCCCCUGGAUGUGGGGGCAGGCAGGGAUGUACGGCAUGUACGGGAUGUACGGAGCGCCGGCAGCGGGAGGCAGCGGUAUGAUGCCUCUCAUGGGUAUCCCAGCCCCCACCAUGGCCCCGCUGCCUCCUGGCCCACCACCUGGCCCUCCCCCACCAGACUCAGGGAGUGAUGCUCCUCCACCCCCACCCAAGGAACCCCCUCCUCCACCCCCACCAGAAGAGGAUGAGGAGAAGAAGGCAUCACUAAAUAAAGCUGCUAAGGACCCCCCGCCACCACCCCCCCAGGACGGGCUGCUGGGCCCUGUGCCUGGCCCGGCCGCCGCCCUGCUGCCAGCCAUCAAGCCCCCCCCGGCACAGGAGGUGAAGGCACCACUGCCAAAGACCACUCCUAAGAGCACCCAGAACUGGAAGAACUUGUCCCCUGGCCUGCUUGGCCCUCCCCCAGGGCCAUCACAGACCUCCAAUGCAGGCUGGAGUGGCGCUCAGGGCCAGUCGCCGCAGUCCACUGCGUGGCGGGCCGACAACAAGAACACUGCCACCACUACCACCACCACCACCACCACCACUUCCUCCACCACCACACCCACCAUCCCCAAGACUACUACCACCACCACUACUUCAGCCAGUAACAUGACCAUUAACACCAACAAAAACACCACCGCUACCACCACCACUGCCAAUAACACCAACAACAACAUAAAUAACAACAGCGGCAGCAACAUGAACCAGAAGGUAGGGCAGCAGUCAGGCGGAUACCAUUGGCCGCACAACCAGGGUCACAACAUGCCAAACACAAACCAAUCUGCAGGCUGGAUGGACUGGAGCGUGCCGCCGCCCAACCACCAGGCAGGAUGGGACCCCAGUGGCCGAGGACAUGAGCCACCCAAGCAAGGAGACAUGCCUAGUAUGGGGCGCGGGGGCAUUCACUACCCUCCUCCUCCCACCAGAGGAAGAGGGCGUGGGCAGCCGUAUGGCCCAGGGAACAACGCACAGCAGGGGGCGGGCCGGGGAGGACCUCCACCGUCACCAUCAGGAGGAGGUGGAGGAAAUAAGCAGCAGGAAUUUGACGAGUCGAAUGAUGAAGACUUGAAGGAGUUUGAUGUACAAUUUGCCAACUGGGAGAAGCAGUUUGAGAAGUGGCGUGACGACAACAAGAACCACCCCGACAAACAGGCAUUGCGGCGGUAUGAGGAGGAGUGGACCACCUGGAGAGCACAGUUACUUGCCAAGCGAGAGGACAUACGCAACAAGAAAGCGGCCAAGUUCAAACAGCAGCUGUCGCCCCAGAAGGCUUCUUCCUCCAGCAGCACUGCCACCACCUCCACCAUCACUGCCACCACCACCACCACACCACCAUCCUCCACCACCACCACCUCAACCAGUGGUGGUGUGAAUGGUCCAGACGGCCAUAACAAUGAACAGGGAAGAUUUGGCCCCAAUCAAGGGCCAGGGCCUGGCCAGCACCAGGGUCAGGGUGGUUUUGGUCCUAACCAGGGAAGGUUUGGGACAAACCAAGACAGAUUUAAUCAGAACCAAGACAAAUUUGGCCAAAAUCAAGAUAGGUUUGGCCAGAAUCAAGGACAAGGAGCUUUUGGUCCCAACCAGGGACAAGAUUUUGGCCAAAACAAAGGCAGGUUUGGGCAAAACCAAGGACCUGGUGGCUUUGGCCAGAAUCAGAGCCCAGGAGGAUUUGGACAAAACCAAGGGCCAGGAGGCUUUGGCCAAAAUUCAGGGCCAGGAGGCUUUGGUCAGAACCAAGGGCCAGGAGGCUUUGGUCAGAACCAAGGGCCAGGAGGCUUUGGCCAAAAUUCAGGGCCAGGAGGCUUUGGCCAGAAUCAAGGACCAGGUGGCUUUGGUCAGAAUCAGGGGCCAGGAGGCUUUGGCCAGAAUCAGGGGCCAGGAGGAUUUGGCCAGAAUCAGGGACCUGGUGGCUUUGGCCAGAAUAAUCAGGGACCCGGGGGCUUUGGCCAGAAUCAGGGACCUGGGGGCUUUGGCCAGAAUCAGGGGCCUGGGGGCUUUGGUCAAAACCAAGGGCCAGGCCGGUUCAAUCAGGACCAAGGGCCAGGUGGCUUCAAUCAGAACCAAGGGCCAGGUGACUUCAAUCAGGACCAAGGUCCAGGAGGGCUGGGACAGAAUCAGGGGCCAGGAGGCUUUGGCCAGAACCAGGGGCAGUUUGGUGAUGGCCAGGGCCAAGGAGGCUUUGGACAAGACCAGGAUAUGAGAAACUUUGGUGCCAGUCCCAGACAAGGUGGAUUUGGCCAAAACCAAGGCAGGUUUGGCCAGGACAAGCCAGGACAAGGCCAGGACCCAGGACCAAAUCAGGGCAGGAUGGGAUUUGGCCCAAACCAAGGUCAAGGGGAGUUUGGCCCAAACCAGAACCAGAGAGAAUUUGACAAAGGUCAAGGCCAAGGGAUGUUUGACCAGAACCAAGACAAAGGGUUCGGCCAAGACCAGGGCCGAGGAGGAUUUAGCCAGGGCAGGGGUCGAGGGGACUUUGGCCCUGGAAGAGGUCGGGGAGACUUUGGUCAGGGGUGUGGCCGAGGUGACUUUGGCUCAAACAGAGGUCGGGGAGAUGAUUUGGGCCUGAGUAGGGGUCGAGGCGACGACUUUGGCUCAAGCAGGGGAAGGGGAGACGAGUUUGGGCAAGGCCGUGGCCGUGGUGACUUUGGCUCAGGCCGUGGCAGAGGGGACUUUGGCUCCGGCAGAGGUCGAGGGGAUGACUUUGGUGCUGGCAGAGGCAGGGGAGAUGUCUUUGGCUCAAGCAGGGGCAGGGGGGGUGACUUUGGAUCCAGUAGGGGUCGAGGAGAUGACUUUGGGUCCAACAGAGGUCGAGGAGAUGAUUUCAGCUCCAACAGAGGUCGAGGAGAUGACUUUGGCUCCAAUAGGGGUCGAGGAGAUGACUUUGGCCCAAGCAGAGGUCGAGGAGGUGACUUUGGGUCCAACAGAGGUCGAGGAGAUGACUUUGGCUCCAGAAGGGGUCGAGGAGAUGACUUUGGCUCUAGUAGGGGUCGAGGAGAUGACUUUGGCUCCAGUAGGGGUCGAGGAGAUGACUUUGGCUCCAGUAGGGGUCGAGGAGAUGACUUUGGCCCAAGCAGAGGGAGAGGAGGUGAUUUUGGAUCCAACAGAGGUAGAGGAAGUGACUUUGGCUCAAACAGAGGUCGAGGAGAUGACUUUGGGUCCAGCAGAGGUCGAGGAGAUGACUUUGGGUCCAGCAGAGGUCGAGGAGAUGACUUUGGGUCCAGCAGAGGUCGAGGAGAUGACUUUGGUUCAAGCAGAGGGAGAGGAGGUGAUUUUGCCCCUACCAGAGGGAGAGGAAGUGACUUUGGCCAAGGCAUGGGCCGCGGCAGUGACUUUGGCCCAAGUCGUGGUCGAGGAAGUGACUUUGGGUCAGGCCGAGGAAGAGGAGGUGACUUUGGGCUGAGCAGAGGUCCAGGAGGGUUUGAGCAGGAUCAGGAUCAGAGGGACUUUGACUGCAGCAAAGAGACUGAAGGGUUCGGCCCGGCUCAGGACAAGAGUGACAUGGGCCUCAGCCAAGACAGAGGUGGAUUUGGACAGUCUCCUGGCCGGGGGGGCUUUGGCCAGUCGCAGGGCAGGGGCAGCUUUGGCGGGCCGCCCCAUGGCCGGGGUGGCUUUGGUUCAAACAGAGGAAGGGGUGGAUUUGGUCAGAACCAAGACAGAGGAGAAUUUGGCCAAGAGCAAGACCAAAGUGACCUUAGUCAAGAUGGGAGUGAGUUUGGGCAGGGCCGUGGGAGAGGCAGCUUUGGACGGGGCAGGGGCCGAGGAGGGUUUGGCCAGAGCCCAGGACGGGGUGGAUUCAGCCAGGGACUCUCAGAUCCCAAGCCGGGACAGGACAAGUUUGGGCAGAACUUUGGCGAAGGUGGCCAGGAUGAGUUUGACAAGGACCAAGACCAGAAGGAGUUUGGCUUCGGCAGCGACCUGGGAAAAUUUAGCCCCAGCAGUGCACGGGGAGGCCGUGGCCAGUGGCAUGGCCGAGGGAAUUUCCAUCAGGCCGACCAAGGCCCAGAGUUUUGGCAAGUUGGCCUGGAUGACCCUGGACAAGACAGGAGUGGUGGCCAGUGGCCGGGGUCUGACCGGGACAGCUGGGGCAGCCAGGGCCGUGGCAGGGGUGGCAGAGAAGGCAGGGGCAGCUUUGGUCCCCUUGGUCGAGGACAGGGACCACAGCAGCAGGAAGAGGAGGAACAGAGGAGUUACAGUCCAAGGGGAGGGGGCCGGGGCCAGGACCGGGGUGGUCCCAGCAGGCCUUUUGGUCCGAGGGGUCGAGGCCGUGGAAGUUUUGGCUCAGGUGGCUUUGGCCAGGACGACCCACAGUCCCGGGAAGACCUCAUGGACCCAGACAGGGGCUUCCCUGACCCCAGCCAGCGGAACAGUGACGGAGGAAACUUUGGCCAGCCAGGAUGGGGCCGUGGCCGGGGCUGGGGCCGGGGCCGAGGAGGCCAGGACAGCUCCACUGGGCUUGAUUGGGAGCAGGGACCUCCUGGUCAGAUGGACCGAUUCCAUGGGGAGAAUGGCCAAGGUGGCCGAGGCAGAGGAGGCCCUGGCCCGGGCCGCUGGGGUGAUGAUGACAUGGACAAGAUGAAUCGUGGCCCAGGGGGAUGGCAGGGGGAGGGCUGUGAGCCCAGCUGGCGGGGCCGAGGAGGAGCAGACUGGAGUAGAUUUGACAGUGGCAGAGGAGGAAGAGGAAGGGGCGGCCCUGGGGAACAGGGUCCAGAUGGACCCGAGUCCCAGGAGUGGGGCCAGCGUGGCCGUAACUCCCAGGGCUGGGGCCAGAGAGGUCGUGGCCGAGGCAACACAGACUGGGACGAUUUCGGUCGUGGCCAGGAUGACCUUGGUGGGUUUGGCCGUGGCAGCAAUGCUCAGGACGGCCGCUGGGGCGGUGAAGACAGGGGUCCGUCCAGAGACAUGCCGCCUGGCCGGGGCCGAGGUCGAGGUGGGCCGUGGCUGGGCCAGCAGCAGGAAGACAAGUGGCAGCCGGAGAAUGGUCAGGGUGACAACCCACCGUGGAGGCCGCCUGGUGAUAGGGGCUGGGGCGGCCCACAGCAGCAAGAUGAUGAUGGGCCGGGCUGGGGGCGUGGUGGCCAGCGUGGCCGAGGCCGUGGCCGGGGCAUCCUGCCUCCACCUGGCCGUGGCUGGGGCCGAGGGCGAGGCGGUGGCCGGGGCGACGACUGGCCCCACUCAGAGGAUGAAGCAAUGGACCGCCGCGACGGCCCGCCAGGAUGGAACAGAGGUGACAGAGAGACCAUCCCCGGCCUGGACCUCACUGACGCCCCGCCCAAGGAAGACAAGGCCAAGGCGGGGGCAGGGGACACGGACAACAAGAAACAGGACGGGAAGAGGAAGAGCAGUGGCGGCAAAGAUGAAGAAGACUCAAAGGACGGAGCAAACAAGAAGAAGAAGAAGACAGACGGAGACAACAAGUCGGCUGUUUUCCACGACCCACAGGACGAGAAGAUCGGUUGUGUGUGUAACAUGGAGGGGAAGAGAAUAUCACCGCUGUGUGGUGUGACUCGCCCAGAGUGUUGCUGUGUGGCCCAUGUUGUUCAGUGUGUGGUGUGGGCCAUACAAAGGGCUGAGGAAGUUUGGUGGUUGGCCCUUACUGUAGCUGCCACUGCCUUACUGUUAUGUACUCAGGAUGAGGGAAUUGUGCCAGUAGAGCCACACACCAGUGAAGCAGAGGUGUACAUGUGGGGCCAAGAGUGGUGUGUGGAGGGACACCACAUAAAGCUGGGUAUUCCUGGUACUAGUGGUGAGAGGGAGGCGUGGGGUGUGUUGAGUGUGGUGGUGCCUCACAUUGCCUGGGAGUGUGGGAGAGAGUUCCACCGCAAGAGCACAAGAAAUUUACACUGCCCUGGCGAGUGGUAUGAUGACGAGGAUGACCGAGAGGGGGCCGAGGGGGGCAAGCAGGAGGCCAGCAACAAGGGCAAGGACACAGAGGAGGCAGAGGGAGUCCCGCAGAAGAACACACAGGCCCCACCUCACUUCCCCGGACAGCAGGAACCCCGUGGCCCACCCAAGGACAUGCGAGGGGAGCCAGUGCCGCCAGAGUACAGAGGCAGCCAGUUUGAUGGGCCGCCGCACAGAGGGUUCGGGCCAGAUCGCCCAGACCAUCCAGAUUUUGGAGGCCCAGGUCGACCAGAUGCAAGAGGAGAGCCUGGUGGUCCGUGGAAGGAUGCCCCAUGGUCCGGCCCCAAGGAUCCACACGCCCCUGCCAACCGAGAGGAGUGGGAGAGGGAGAGGGGUAGCAGGUGGGGCUCUCCUCAUGGCCGCAUGGACCCAAUGAGAGAGGGACCUGGGAGGGUGGAGGAUGACCUACGACACGACCCCUACGGCCCCCCAAGGUUCCCUCCCCGCCGCCCCCCACAGGAGUUCUGGGAGGAGGACCCCCGCUACCCUGGCCGGCCCCCGAGGGAUGAGUACUUCCGUGAUGACAUGGCGCCCCACCAGCGCUGGGACUACUAUGACAACAGCCGAGGGAACUCCUACCCUCCCCCCGACGACCCUUACUACAAGGACUACUACAACCGCUACGACCGGGACCGCUACCCUGACCAGUACGGGGACCGCUACGAGGACCGCCUCCGGGACCCUUAUCCCGACCCUUACCGGCCCAGGGACCACUCCCCAUAUCCCCCGUCCCGGCCAGAUGAUCCCUACACCCCAUACCCAAGGGACCGCUGGGACUCCUACGGCCGCGGUCCACCAGAGGACAACAGGGAGCCUCCCCCGGCAGCUUUUUGUGAUUGUGAUGUUAGCAAUCCUUAUGUUUUUAAAGUAAUUAAUGUCUUGCCUUCCUUUCAUCUCCCAUCACCAGGCAAACCACCUCCGUCCAGCGACAGGUCACCCUACCCACCGCGACCUGACCACCCACACAGGCAGAUGUUUGACAGCCCAGACCGACCCGGGGACCACCACCACCUGAGGGGUGGGCGAGAGGACAGCCGGGGAUCCCCCUGGGCCAACCCACAGCUGGCGACAAGGGACCCACUGGGGAGGGACAGGGAUCGUUCACCUCCCCACGCCCCGCCAGCUCCUAGGCAGGACCAGGCACCCCGAGCCCCCACCCCACCAACUAUUCCAUCACCCCCUGAGGAGAAAGAGGAGGAGGAGGAGGAGGAAGAGGAAGGAGAGACAGUAACAAUUGAUGACUUGGUGUCCAUUCCUGGCCGCUUCAUGAGGCCACCGAAGAUUGCCAUCAUCCUGAGAGGACCCCCUGGAGCUGGCAAGACCACAGUGGCCAGGAUGAUCAAGGACCGGGAGGUGGAAAACGGAGGCUCCCCUCGCAUCCUGUGCCUGGAUGACUACUUCAUGGUGGAGACAGAGAAGAUGACCAACGACCCAGAGACUGGACGCCGGGUCAAGACUAAGAUUAUGGAGUAUGAAUAUGAGCCUGAGCUGGAGGAGUCUUACCGUGCCUCCCUCAUUAAGUCGUUCAAGAGACACGUGGGCGAGGGCUUCUUCCCCUUCAUCGUUGUGGACUGCGUCAACAACAGAAUCUCGCAUUUCUCAGAGAUCGCCUCCUACGCUAAAAAACACGGCUUUGAGGUGUACAUUGGAGAGCUAGAGGUGGACCAGAGUGUGUGCCUACGCUCCAACACACACAACCACCCCAAGGAACACAUCAUCCGCAUCAUUGAUGGCUGGGAACGCACCCCCUCAAACCUCACUCGGGUAGACCUCACCCCCUGGCCCAGGAUGCUGCCAUGGAGGACUCAAUGGAGCCAGCCAGUGAGGGAAAUCAAGACAACAAGAAUCAGAAGAAGGAGGAUGACAAAGAAGAGGAGGAAGAAGAGGAAACUGAGCAGACAUUCCUCAAGAUUUAUAAUGAAUUUAUUCGGAGCAAAUGGGAUACCCACGAAAGCCAAGAGGACAAGAUGGACAAGCUGGACGGUGGUGAAGGCAGCCAAGAAGAAGAUCAGCAGCGGCGCUCGAACUAUCGACGACUGGCUACAGCUCUCUCAGGACUAUGACUCCAAGGUAGUUCAGCCGGGCAAGAAAAAGGUGCGAUGGGCAGACAUAGAGGAGGGCAAGAAGCAGGCUGCAGCGAGGGACCGGGGCUUUGUGCUGGGACAGACAGACUGGAGCCGCAUGACGGACCUCUCCUUUGGCAGCAACGCCCUGGUGCAGGUCCGCUACAUUGAAGGGCGGGAUUCUGUCAAGUGAACCAGCCACCGUUCUCUCCAACACUGGUCCAUGCCUCUCCUUUGCCCCCGCCAUUGCCUCAAGGACCAGUGUGGCAUUGUGUCCCCCAUGCCAGGCACAGGAGUGUGUAGGGAAGCACAGUGUGAUCAGACACUGAUAGUCACCUUAGCUUGAAGUGGCAUUCAUGUUCACUAUGGGUUAUUAUUAUUAUUAUUAUUAUUAUUAUUAUUAUUAUUAUUAUUAUUAUUAUUAUUAUUAUCAUUAUUAUCAUUAUUAUUAUUAUUAUUAUUAUUAUUAUUUUAUUAUUAAUGCUAUGCAUACACUACUGCUACUACUACUACUACUACUACUACUACUACUACUACUACUACUACUACUACUACUACUACUACUACUACUACUACUACUGCUGCUACUACUAUCCCAAAUAUCAUUAUCAUCAUUAUCAAAAUUUAAGACAUUUUCAAAUAUGUAAGUGUUAUUAUACAAAAUGUAAGUAUAAUGCUUUUCAUUUGUAAUAUUAUUAUUAUUAUUAUUAUUAUUAUUAUUAUUAUUAUUAUUAUUAUUAUUAUUAUUAUUAUUAUUAUAAUUUUUGUUAUUAUUAUUAUUAUUAUUAUUAUUAUUAUUAUUAUUAUUAUUAUUAUUAUUAUUAUUAUUAUUAUUGUAAGGACUACUAUAAUGAGGAUUAAAUGUUUAAAGAAUAUA